AUGGCCGGAAACAUCACCUUCGACGACUAUCUCGGCCUCACCGCCGCUUGCUUCGAGUGGGCAGACAGCUAUGAUUCCAAGGACUGGGACAGGCUACGCAAGUGCAUCGCCCCAGAGCUCAGGAUCGACUACCGCUCCUUCCUCGACAAGAUCUGGGAAGCCAUGCCGGCGGACGACUUCCUCGCCAUGAUCAGCUCCAAAGCGGUGCUCGGCGACAAGACGCUCAAGACGCAGCACUUCAUCGGCGGGACCAAGUGGGAGAAGGUCAACGACACCGAGGCCAUCGGCUGGCACCAGCUGCGAGUGCCGCACCAGAAAUACAAGGACGAGAGCAUGAAGGAGGUUCUGGUCAAGGGCCACGCGCACAGCACCAACCAGCACUGGUACAAGAAGGUCGAUGGCGUGUGGAAGUUUGCAGGGCUUUGCCCGGACAUCAGGUGGUUCGAGUAUGACUUUGACAAGGUGUUUGCGAGCGGGAGGGAGGCGUUUGGGGAGGAUGCGCAGGCGGAGCAGGCGGAAGGAGUCGGGGCGCAGGCUGAGGGGAUCCCACCGUCCAACGAGGAGAUCGAGGUCAAGGCGUAG